UCCUGACUCUCGUUCCCGUGCAUGCCAGCACUUUUCUAUUAGCUUUUUUUGUUUUCUUUUAGCUUUUUUCACUGCUCUCCUUCAAACAACAUCUUUCCAAUUCCUCUCCUUGCUAUUAUACUAUUCGUUUCUCUCCUUGUUUCUAUUGUAUUUCUCUCUGUUUGAACCGUCGCAAUGGCAGUUUCUGCAAUUGGUUUCGAAGGAUUUGAAAAGAGGUUGGAAAUAUCCUUUUCCGACCCUGGACUUUUCUUUGACCCUCAAGGAAGGGGUUUAAGAUCUCUCACAAAAUCCCAGUUGGAUGAGAUUCUUGCACCAGCCGAGUGCACCAUUGUUUCUUCCCUCGCAAAUGACGAUGUUGAUUCCUACGUUCUAUCUGAGUCCAGCCUUUUUGUUUAUGCCUACAAGAUCAUAAUCAAAACCUGCGGUACUACCAAGCUACUGCUUGCAAUUCCACCGAUAUUGAAAUUGGCCGAGUCCAUUUCUCUUAAAGUUAGAUCUGUGAGGUACACCCGUGGCAGCUUCAUUUUCCCUGGUGCUCAGUCUUUCCCUCAUCGCCACUUUUCCGAAGAAGUGGCUGUCCUUGAUGGCUUCUUUGGCAAACUUGGAUCAGGCAGCAUGGCUUAUAUUAUGGGUGGAUCCGAUGAAGCCCAGAACUGGCAUGUAUACUGUGCCUCUGCAGAUUCCGUGAGCCCAUCGGACUCUGUCUACACACUCGAGAUGUGUAUGACCGGCUUAGACAGGGAGAAAGCAUCCGUUUUCUUCAAACAACAGACAGGUUCAGCUGCCGAGAUGACCGUCAACUCUGGCAUUAGGAAGAUUCUUCCAAAUUCUGAAAUUUGCGACUUUGAUUUUGAACCUUGUGGUUAUUCAAUGAACUCUGUUGAGGGGCCUGCUGUGUCCACAAUUCAUAUUACUCCAGAAGAUGGUUUCAGCUAUGCAAGCUUUGAGACUGCAGGGUACGAUUUGAAGGCAAUGAAUCUAAACGAACUGACCAUGAGGGUGCUAGCUUGUUUCCAACCAACUGAGUUUUCUGUAGCUGUUCAUGUGCACAAUGCAAGCAAGUCAUUUGAGCAGGGGUGUUUGCUGGAUGUUAAGGGAUACUGUUGUGAAGAGAAGAGCCACCAAGGUCUUGGAAUGGGUGGAUCUGUUGUCUACCAGAAAUUUGUCAAGACUUCCGACUGUGGCUCGCCAAGAUCAACACUCAAGUGCUGGAAAGAUGAAGAUGAAGAAGAGUAGCUUUUGUGUCUUUAGUAUGUUUGUCUAUUUUAAAUAAGUGUAGCCUUGAUGGCUUAAACACAUGGUUUCGUUUAUUUGGUGUUUAUGUGUCUAGAAGGUUAUAACCUUCAUUGUUAUUUUCUUUUAUUUGCUGUGUCUCUAGAAGGUUGUAGCCUUCAUUGUUAUUUUCUACUAUUAAACUAUGAAAUUGAAAUAAAGUGCAUGUUAUGGGAA